AUGACCAAUGUGGUGAUCGUCAAGGAGGGGUGGCUCCUUAAAAGAGGGGAAUAUAUCAAGACUUGGAGGCCGAGGUAUUUUCUCCUCAAGAGUGAUGGUACUUUCAUUGGCUACAAAGAGCGACCACAAGAUGUUGACCAGCUGGAAACCCCCUUGAAUAACUUCUCUGUAGCACAAUGCCAGCUGAUGAAGACAGAACGACCCAAACAUAACACAUUCAUCAUCCGCUGCCUGCAGUGGACCACUGUCAUCGAGCGCACCUUCCAUGUGGAGACCCCUGAGGAGAGGGAAGAAUGGACUAAAGCCAUCCAGACAGUGGCAGAAAGUCUGCAGAAACAAGAGGAGGAGAUGAUGGACUCUUCUCCAGACCCCAUGGACUUGGAGGUCUACCUGACCAAACCCAGACAAAAAGUGACUAUGCAUGACUUUGAAUACCUCAAACUUCUGGGAAAAGGCACUUUUGGCAAAGUUAUUUUGGUAAAGGAGAAGGCCACAGGACGAUACUACGCUAUGAAAAUUCUGAAAAAGGAAGUGAUUGUAGCAAAAGAUGAAGUGGCACAUACACUCACUGAGAACAGAGUCCUUCAGAAUUCAAAGCACCCGUUCUUGACAGGCUUGAAAUACUCCUUUCAGACACAUGACCGAUUGUGCUUUGUAAUGGAGUAUGCUAAUGGUGGUGAGCUUUUCUUUCAUCUAUCAAGGGACAGGGUAUUCUCAGAGGAACGAGCGCGCUUCUAUGGGGCAGAAAUAGUGUCAGCGUUGGACUACCUGCAUUCUGAGAGGAACGUGGUCUACCGAGAUCUAAAGCUGGAAAACCUUAUGCUGGACAAGGAUGGACACAUCAAGAUUACAGAUUUUGGAUUAUGCAAAGAAGGCAUCAAAGAUGGCGCCACUAUGAAAACGUUCUGCGGGACACCAGAAUACCUGGCACCUGAGGUGUUGGAAGACAAUGAUUAUGGCCGUGCGGUUGACUGGUGGGGUCUGGGUGUAGUGAUGUACGAGAUGAUGUGUGGAAGACUGCCCUUCUACAACCAAGACCAUGAGAAAUUGUUCGAGCUCAUUCUAAUGGAGGACAUCCGCUUUCCCCGCACUCUGGGCCCAGAGGGGCGCUCUCUUCUCUCUGGUCUUCUCAAGAAAGACCCCAUGCAGAGGUUAGGUGGAGGACCGGAAGAUGCUAAAGAAAUUAUGCAACAUAAAUUCUUUGCUGGAAUUGAAUGGCAAGAUGUAUAUGAAAAAAAGCUGGUCCCACCAUUCAAACCCCAAGUUACCUCAGAGACGGACACACGAUAUUUUGACGAGGAGUUUACUGCACAGACCAUCACAAUCACUCCACCUGGCCAAGACGGCUGUAUGGAAUCUUUUGACAGCGAACGAAGACCACAUUUCCUCCAUUUCUCCUACUCCGCCAGUGGGACGGCCUAA